GGAGGAGCCCAAGCAGGGAGGCUUAGCGAGGUCAUUCGCUAGCAGUCCGCGUUGCUCCCCCGCAACCCGGAGCUACGCACCCAAGACGGCCCGCUGCCGUACCCCAUCCCCCUGCCCUUUACCAUCUCUCAUCAAAGAAGAGAAAGAUGAGUGAAUCUAGUUCCAAGUCCAGCCAGCCUCUGGCCUCCAAGCAGGAAAAAGACGGGUCUGAGAAGAGAGGGCGGGGCAGACCCCGGAAGCAACCUGCGAAGGAACCCAGUGAGGCACCAACUCCCAAGAGACCCCGGGGCAGACCAAAGGGAAGCAAGAACAAGGGGGCUGCUAAAGGCCGGAAAACCACCACUGCACCUGGGAGGAAACCAAGAGGUAGACCCAAAAAACUGGAGAAAGAAGAGGAAGAGGGGAUAUCCCAGGAGUCUUCAGAGGAGGAGCAGUAACCAAGUCUGCUUGUAUCUUGCUACCUCAUUCCCCAUGAUGAUGAUGACAACGGCGGCGGCGGCCCUUUCAUUCUGGGACUAGACAGAAAAAUGUUGAUCUUUUAACUCCCAUUUUUCUUCCCCCAUCUUUCCUUUCCUUCAAUCUGUCCUUGGUUCUACUGGUCAGAGAAACAGCUCUACCAGGGAAAUGCCUCCCCAUUUACACUUUGGACAUAUUCAUAACUAACCCUGGCCACCCUAUAUGGGAUUGCGCUGGGCAGGGUGGAGCAGACAGCAGGUGGUUGAACCUCUAGGGACAUUCCCUACCUCCUUCCCCUCCACUUCCCAUAUCCAUCCUUCUACCCAUUGACUAACCUACCCACUCUUUCCCAGGAUUGGGAUUUAUUUUGUAUUCCUCCUUCCCUGGACAGAGCUGAUUUAGCUGCCAACACCUGUUUUUUUGGUUUGUUUUUUUUUGUCUUCCCCCCACCUCCACCCCUCCAUGGAGCCAGGAUUCCUGAUUUCUCAUCUCCCUCUCUCCCACCCUCACCCCAAUCCAAAAUUUGAGAGGGAACGACAGAGGCUUGAGCAUCUUGAUCCCAAGAGCUCAACUUUAAUUGACCUCUGGGGAUAUUCUGUACCUCCACCACCUGUUCUUUCUACCUUCUACCCAGUCAAGAUUGGUCCCAAGGAUGGAGGUGGAAGCAGACUUUUUUUUCUGGGAAUAGAAGGGGGAACCCCAAACCCAUCCUAACCUUCCUGCCUUCUCCCCACUGACAUUUCCUGAGCAUCAAACUGGAAUGGGGCUGGGCCUAGGGUGUCAAUUUUUGUAGUUGAGGUAAGAGGAAGGGAGAGGGCCUGAUUAAUUUGUUUCCUUGCUGCUCAGAAGAUGUAGGGAGAAGGGGGAUUUGACAAUCCUAUAAAUUUCCCGAUCUUGGGUUGGCCUUUCUUGGCCUCUUGAUUUUUGCCUUUGAAAUGCUUGGUUUAUAAAGCAAGGAUAUUUCCUCCCUGUGAGCCUCCCUUCCCCAAUCCCCCCUUUUAGAAUGCCAUCCCCCCUCCCCCUAGGAGCUGGUUACAUCUUCUCUCCGUUCACAAUCUACCUCUGAACACUUUUGUUGGUUUUCUUUUUUAAAUGGUUUUGUUCUUAGAUUCUGUGGCUUCCAGACAUUCAGCCAUGCGGUUUUGUUCUCAUUUUCACCUGCCCUCUCUCUCUCCUCCAUCCACCCUGCUCAUCUUCCCCAAAUCAUCACAAGGAGGGCUUGGGGAAAUAGUGGACACCAGGCCUAGUUUACUAAAAAAGUGACAUUGUUGGGGAGUUGCCCAACUCCACUACUAUUGUCCCUCCUUUGAUAAUCUUCAAGUUGGGAGGGUUAAGGGAAGGAGAUCCAGCCUAAGUGGGGGAAAAGGGUGGUCCCAGACUAUUGUGAGGCCCCACCACUCUGGUUUCCUAUUUGCAGUUACUUGAAUAAAAAUAAACUCCUUUUUCUGGA